AUGGACGCUAUUAAGAGCAUGUUGUCCCCCUUGGGAAUGAGUACUGGUGCUAUCCAGGACACCCUUAAACUCGUAGUGAUUGGUGGCACCGUUGAGACUGCCCGCAGAGCGUCGGUGUCAGCUUGGAACGGUUUCGUAGACUCAUUCUUCCUCACUGCUCAUUUCAGUCAAGACGACUACCCUUACGACUGGUUAAUGCAUUGGCUUGCCAAGCAACCGUCAUGGGGCCGAAGUCGCGAAUUUGAUAUCACCACUCGCUCCGUCAACCGUAAUGGCAUGUCACAGUCGACAUCGGGAGAUUUGGAGGAAGAGGAAGAGGAGGAAGAUGAUACGACUCUUGUCCAUGGCCGACGAAAACGGAAGGUUGCGUUCAUGCCUAGCCUUGAUACUACGCAUACUAUCUAUUACCGUGGCCACUGGCUUAGGAUAACCCGAACAAAGAAUUUUCAAGAUUACAGCCAUGGUUAUGCCUUGAAAAUAAGCGUCGUCGCUCGAAAUAACGAUAUCCUCAAGAAGUUGGUUUUGGAGGCUAAGCGCGAGUACGAGAAAGACGCCGAACACCGUGUUCAUAUUUUCAUGGCUGAUACGACUUAUGGAUGCUGGCGCUGGAAUGGGGCUAGGCAAAAAAGGCCAAUGAGCUCAAUUGUCCUCCAGCCAGGAGUCAAGGAUAUGCUUCUCGCGGACUGCAAGGAUUUCCUGUGUUCAGAGGAAUGGUAUGCGGAGAGAGGUAUUCCUUUCAGGAGAGGUUAUCUCUUGCACGGGGUACCGGGAAGUGGCAAGACAUCGCUCAUCCACUCGCUGGCCGGUGAACUUGGCUUGGACAUUUAUGUCGUCUCAUUAUCGUCCAAGGGAAUGAGCGACAAUACUUUGACAACUCUGAUGGGAAAUGUACCUUCCAGAUGUAUUCUCCUUUUGGAAGAUUUGGACGCCGCUUUCACUCGCUCAGUCUCCCGUGACUCUAACUCUACCGGUGCACCCACUGCAGCCACAUCGAAAGAGGCGAAAGAGGCUGCCGAAACCACGGAUGGAUCUACGCUGAGCUUGAGUGGUCUUCUCAACAGUUUAGACGGUGUGGCAGCGGCUGAGGGACGGCUGCUUUUUGCCACCACAAAUCACAUAGAGCGUUUGGACCCUGCGCUCAGCCGUCCCGGACGUAUGGACGUUUGGGUUAACUUCACUCAUGCCACAAAGUGGCAAGCAGAGGGAAUUUUCAAAUGUUUCUUCCCUUAUAAACCCUCUACGCCCGCUACCGCUACGUCACAGGAUUCUAGCACUCCUAAGGAUCCCUCUCAGCAGAAUCUACCCCUGCCCAAGCGCAAGGCAUUCAAGCAUGCUAUUCCUCUCCUAACCGAAGAAGAAAUUUCUGAACUUGCUAAACGUUUUGCCGAAGCCAUCCCUGAAGAUGAACUCAGCGUCGCCGGUCUUCAAGGUUACCUGCUGAAAAACAAGACUCGCCCAAGGGAAUGUGUAGAUGAAGUUGGCGAAUGGGUUAUUCAAGAGAGGGAGACUCGCGAGAAGCUGAAGAAGGAGAAGGCCGAGCGCGAGGCAAAGGAGAAGAAAGAAGCCGAGGAGGCAGCCAAAAAAGAGAAGGAAGAGAAAGAGGCUAAAGAGAAAGAAGAGAAGGAGACCAAAGAGAAACUUGAAAGGAAAGAGCGGGCAAAGGCGAAAAAGGCCCGCGAAGCCACGAAGAGUGAUUCUUCUCAAGCCACCUCGACUUCAUCUACUGAACAAACCGCUCCAACAGCCACUACCACUGGGGAGGCCGCAUCUGAAGCUACGUCAUCUUCCUCCAGUUCUGAAUCGGAGACGACAACCGGCGUCGAUGCCGAUACUGAAGAAAGCGUCACAUCGGAGGAGGACGAGGGCGAGAAGUCGACAACGGAGGAGGAUUCAAAGAAAGAGAAAUGGGUAGCUGUCAAACCCUCCUCUUCUACCUCGACCCCCGCGACGCCUGCACCUGCUACCGAUGCCGCCCCGUGA